AUAGAUCGAUAAUGUCUAAGGCAAUCGAUUUACAGCUUGCUUCUUGAGUUGACUUGGGACGUGGCAGAGAAACGGCCGUUUGUUGCUAGAUUUUAACCGGCAAAACUUGCGUUAACUACUACUCCAAAACUCGUGAUAGUCAUAUGUCAACUGUGGAUCAGCUGUUGAUGAAAAUAUGUCGCGACAAAAAUCCUCAUCGUCUUUAAAACGGAAAUGUCCAGACGACAGGGGGAGAGCCGUGAAGGGCAGAGGGCCUUGGAGUGCUACGGUGUAUGGAUACCUAGAGAUGCCUUCCAACCGGUCUACUUCAACCAUCUACCAGUUUUACAACUGUCGUAUUCUCAAGGAUGGGAAACUUCAAAGGGAAGACCUGUGGAUAAGAGAUGGGAAGAUUCUCAACCCAGAGAAGCUGUUCUUUGAUGAGAAGGGAUAUGCAGAUGUGCGGAUUGACUGUAAAAACCUCCUCAUCUCACCAGGAUACAUUGAUGUACAAAUCAAUGGUGGAUUUGGGGUUGACUUUUCGUCAGACGUGGAGAAUAUUGAAGAGGGACUGUCCAAAGUCGCUAAGGGACUCCUGGCCUAUGGAUGCACGUCUUUCUGUCCAACUAUAGUCACUUCACCUCCUGAAAUUUAUAAACAGAUUCUUCCAAGGAUAAAGUUGAGAGAUGGAAGCUCAGAGGGAGCUGGAGUAUUGGGAAUACAUAUUGAGGGGCCCUUCAUCAGUAAAGACAAGAAAGGAGCACAUCCAGAGAGGUACCUUAAGAAGUUCCAUCAGGGCUGGGAUGACGUGUUGGACACUUACAGUACCCUGGAGGGCGUCAAGCUCUUCACUGUGGCACCUGAGCUGGAGAAUUCGUCUGAUGUCAUCAAGCAGAUGGUCAAAAGGAACAUCAGAGUUUCCGUAGGCCAUUCCUCAGCUAACCUGUCCCAGGCAGAGGCAGCUGUGAAGGCCGGUGCCACCUGUAUUACCCACCUGUUCAAUGCCAUGGGCCCUUUCCACCACAGAGACCCAGGGAUUGUUGGGCUGCUGACGAGCCACAAGAUCCCCAAAGGUGUGACCCUGUUCUACGGUAUGAUCGCUGAUGGCAUCCACACAGACCCUGCUGCCUUAAGGAUAGCCUACAGGGCGCAUCCACGAGGUAUUGUGCUGGUCACUGAUGCCAUCACGGCCAUGGGUUUACCAAUCGGCAGCUACAAAGUUGGGCAACAAGAGUUUGAGGUGACCCUGGAGGGCAGGGCUUUUGUACUGGGGACCAAAACUCUCAUUGGAAGCAUCGUCACAAUGGACAAGUGUGUCAAACACUUUCUCGAGGCAACAAGCUGCUCUGUAGAGGAGGCCCUGGAUGCUGGCACACGCCACCCGGCAGAGAUGCUCGGUAUUGCAGCUCAGAAGGGGACUCUGGGCUACAACUCUGAUGCCGAUUUUAUCCUGCUAGAUGAUGAGUUGAAUGUCCAGGCGACGUACAUUGCAGGGGAGUUGGUCUGGGAUAAAGUCAAAGGACACCACGGCAAACGUACCAUACAAAGGAAGACCCUCAGUUGAUUUUAAGAUAUAUUUUCAGCACUUAAAAAAGUUAUCUUGGGAUAUUGUUGCCCUAGUUUUUGUUUUCACAGAACCUUCAAUGCUUUCCUUACAUGUUUUUUUAUUUCAUUCUUGCAAAAUGCAGGAACCUGGCAAAACUGUGGCCUUAGAUUCGGACUGUAAGGUUGUUGAGGUGAAUGCAUCAAAGCCAUGUAGAGCUGCACUUAUAGAAUUGCAAAAAAAAAA